GCGGAGGGGAGGAGGAAAUCAGCUGCUGUCCCUUUAACAGGCGCUGGCGCUGAGCGGAGUUCAGGCCGGGGUCAGGGGGAGUUCGCAGCCCGGGCUUUACCUUUGCGCCUAGCCGUGCGCCGGCGGCACACGCUGCCUCCCGCGCCGCGCCCCGGAGCGGCCGCCGGGCCUGGCACGCAGGGCGCAGCGACCGCCGAGGGAGGCAGCGCCUUGGCAGCGAAGUCCGUGGAGCUGGCAUGGGCCGGAGGCGCCGGCUGGCGGCGGGCAGCGCACGCCGGGGACCCAGGGGCUGAGGCGGCCGCUCAGGGGAUAUGAGAGUCCGCAGAGACCUCGGCUGGCUGGCGGAAGCGACGGAGCCCCCAGGUGGCGGGGGCAGCCCCACGCUGGAGGCCAUGGAGGUGCCGAGCCACUCGAGGCAGCUGCUCCUGCAGCUUAACACGCAGCGGGCCAAGGGCUUCCUGUGCGAUGUGAUCAUCGUGGUGCAGAACGCGCUGUUCCGCGCGCACAAGAACAUCCUGGCGGCCAGCAGCGUCUACCUGAAGUCGCUGGUGGUGCACGACAACCUGCUCAACCUGGACCACGAGAUGGUGAGCCCGGGCGUCUUCCGCCUGGUGCUGGACUUCAUCUACACCGGCCGCCUGGGCGAGGGCGAGCCCGGCGAGCCGGGCCUGGGGGCCGUGCUGGCCGCCGCCAGCUACCUGCAGGUGCCGGCCUUGGUGGCUCUGUGCAAGAAGAAGCUGAAGCGGUCGGGCAAGUACUGCCACCUGCGAGGCAGCUACAGCCCCUACAGCAAGGUGGCCAGGGGGCUGCGGGCCGCCCCUGUCAUCCAGGCCUGCUACUCGGGUGCCCCCCGGCCUGUGGACAUGCAGCCUGGCGAGCCCCUCAACCCACUCAGCACCCAGUGUGGGGAGCUCUAUGCCUCCACCGCCCAGGGCACCACCCUGCACCAGCCUGGCCUGUGCCCACCCGAGAGGCACUGCUCUCCGCCCUGUGGCCUGGACCUCUCCAAAAAGAGCCCCACCAGCCCUUCCUCCCAGCUGCUGCCCACAGACAGACUUCACCCGGGGGAAAGCAGGGAGCCCUUGCUGCCCCCGGGGCACGACAGCCCGCCGGGCAGCGCUUCUCUGCUGGCCAACCACAGCUCCGCCUACAAAGACCCCCCCCAGGUGGGUGAAGGCGUGAUCCACCCCGCAGAGCGCUUCCGUGGCAGCCCGCCCUGUGCCGAGCCCCCUGCCCGGGCCGAGGGCCACGACUUCCUGUACCGCUGGAUGAAGCACGAGCGCCUGGGCAGCUACCUGGAGGAGUGUGAGGUGGAGAAAGAGCCUGAGCGGGAGGAGAAGGCCGAGUCGCCCCUGCAGUCCCGCUAUCCCAGCAUCGAGAGCAACGAGCUGGAGAACGACAACAGCACCAGCGAGGACACGGGCAGCAGCGAGGGCCCAUCUCCCGGGGGCACCCUGGGCCCCUACUGCAACCACCUGGCCUACGAGCCCGAGAGCCUGGGGGACAACCUGUACGUGUGCAUCCCCUGUGGCAAGGGCUUCCCCAGCUCGGAGCAGCUCAACGCCCAUGUGGAGGCCCACACCGAGGAGGAGCUGUACCACAAGGCGGCCUCGGAGCAGGCCGGCCCCUUCCUGGACAAAGGUGGCCAGAGCCUGGGCGACAUCAUCCGGCCCUACCGCUGCUCCUCCUGCGACAAGGCCUACAAGGACCCGGCCACGCUGCGGCAGCACGAGAAGACGCACUGGCUCACGCGGCCCUACCCCUGCACCAUCUGCGGCAAGAAGUUCACGCAGCGCGGCACCAUGACACGGCACAUGCGCAGCCACCUGGGCCUCAAGCCCUUCGCUUGUGAUGCCUGUGGCAUGCGCUUCACCCGGCAGUACCGGCUCACCGAGCACAUGCGCAUCCACUCGGGCGAGAAGCCCUACGAGUGCCAGGUCUGCGGCGGCAAGUUUGCCCAACAGCGCAACCUCAUCAGCCACAUGAAGAUGCACGCGGCCGGGCCUGACGGCAAGUCCAAGCUGGACUUCCCUGAGAGCGUCUUCGCCAUGGCGCGGCUCACGGCCGACCAGCUGGGCCUUAAGCAGGAGAAGGCGGCUGAGCUGCUCUCGCACACCUCGCACUUCCUCAGUGACCCCAAGGGCCUGGAGAGCCUGUACCCCCUGGCCCGAUUCACAGCCGAGCACCUGGGGCUGAGCCAGGAGAAGGCGGCCGAGAUGCUGGGUCCAGGCCCACUGCUGCACGGCGACCGGACCAUAGAGCGCUAUUCGCCCACCUAAUGGGGGGGACCGAAGACCCACUGCAGCUAGAGCCAAAGAGGCCACGUGGCCACAGGGUCUCCCAGAGACCAUGGUUCCCUCCCGAGAUGGACACUCUGUAGCAUUUGGGGAGUGGGAACUUUUCCCUGAAAAUGUGCAGUGAUGGAGAUCUUCCUCCUCACCCCGCUUCAUGGGGACAGACCAGACCCACUAAAGAGCAGGGGGAGUCCAAGCCUCACGCAGAGGGUCCCACACGAGUUGUGCUGUUGCAGCGCUGGGGGCAAUAUGCUGUAGGGUUGGGGCUGUUUUUUACAGCUGGGUGAUGGCUUGGUGCGAAAAGUAGGGUGAUGGGGUGGGGCUGUGAUCAACCCUACUUACUGGCCCACAACUUCCAUCCCUUCCUGCGUUCUGUGGUAGCUGCUCCCUGGAAGGCUGCCAGGAGCAGUGCCCAGAUACGAUGCAGCUGGUACCGUGCCUCUGCCUUACCUGGACAGCCACCAAGUGCCCAGCAGGGGCUGGUGCCUCCCUGCACAAGGACUUUUCCAUUAAGGAAAAUGUGAACCUGCCUCCUACCUCAGGAGCCAGUUGCUCCCCCCACUGGGACGGGGCCAUGGCCGUCCCCUUGCACCCUUCCUGCUGCAGACGGGCCCAGUACGAGCACAAUAACCCAGCUUUGUGUCCACUGCAUAAAUAUUCCUGGCCUGUGCUUGCCCCGUGCCUGCCCCAAGCCCUAGGGUGCCUCUGCUCAGGCCCCCUUUGAGCCCAGCUUCCCAGUGGGGCCAGGCCUGGAGGAGUCAGGGGCUCUGUGAGGGACACAGAUGUUUGCCGUUGAAAUAACUGCAGUUCUGCUUUGUGCCUCAAUGAACAGUGGCUUUCACAGCUGCCUUCAGCCGGGCCCCCCCGGCUUUGCUCACCAGCCUGAACUCUGGCUCGAGAGCAUGGCCCAGCCUACUGUAAAAGCACAUGGACCCCUCAAUUGUCCAGGGCUGUGGUCCAUUGGGCACAGUCAGUGCCUGCUGCAGGGAAUGGAGCCUGUCCUGCCUGGCUCGUCCCUUGAUAGGAUGGGCGGGGUUCAGGAACAGGUCUUACCCAGAGUGGCCUUGUCUCAGGAGCUGGGCACUGUGCUUGUGGAGCAGCAGAAUUUCAGCUGCAGCCCCACUCAGGCGGGAGCUGCCCAAUCCCUGCUGUGUGUAAUGGGAGCAACCAAAGGGUUUGAUCUUCCAAGGCCUCUGCAGGCAUCUCUGCUCUGGUCCUGCAAACCCUGCCCAGAGCCUGGGCCUGGCACGUGCCGCUUGCUGCAGAGCCCUGGAGGUUGGGGCAGCUCCUCUCCCAGCUCUGACUGCAGCUGGGCCUGGCUGGGGGAUGGGGCGGGAGAAUGACCCACUAGUUACCUCCCCCGCCCGCCUCUGAGCCCUCCUAGCUCAAAGCUCCUGCUGCCGGGCCUGGCUCCCAAAGAUCCUCCUGGACCCCAACUAGCUGAGCAGAAACCAAAGCAACCACCCGAGGAGGAGACCCAGCCCCUGCACCCUCGCUGUACUCAGGGAUGUCCCAGUGUCCUGCCUGACCCUGGCCAGGCCCAGCUGCCUCCAAGGAGAAUUCCUGCCCUAGGCGAUUCCAGGGUUCCCCCCACCCUUCCCUGGCCACAUGCAUCUGGGGCCUGGCUGGCCAUAGAGUGAGCCACUGGGAUGCAUCUCUCCCUGCCCCCCAAGUCUCUACUCUCUGGGAUCACGAGUGGGAACCAUGAUGCUGGGGGUGUGAAUGCUGCUGUUUCUCUGGGGGUAUCUGCUGGGAGGUGGGCUGGAAGCAUGAGGCCAUGGGAGUAGUUUGUUAAAACCCUGCUUGGGCUUUUCUAGGGGUGGGCUCCCUUCCUCGGUUGCAGGGGGAGAGCUGCCCCCUCCCAGGGCUGGCGCCCAGAGCAUGCAGGCAGAGGAGUGAAGCCAGGCUGUCAGUGUGGGGCAGGGGGCCAGGCUGCUCUCCCCUCGCUGUGCUCCUUGUACCAAAGGGCUGUGUCCCUGGGAAGACGCCCCAACCCAUCCCCCAGCAGCUCUGGUGGGAGGCCCUCUCUCCUCUGCUCCCCAGAGGCUCAGUCCUGGGCCAGGAGCUUGUGACAAAGACAAAAUGGCUCAGGCUCCUGCCUUGCUGGGCACCCGUGGGCAGCAGGACUCCACCAUGUCCAGGCCAGGGUGGGUCUGAGAGCUUUAUGCUGAAGCCCGUGGUGGGCAGUGCAGGGGCCAAUGACACUGGGGGGGGGGGAGCGGUUAGGUCUCUGCCCUGCUGGCCAAAGGAGACAGGUGCUGCAGGGCUGCACGCAGGUGCCCCCUCCCCCCACGAUAGCACCCUGAGUUUGACCCUCGGGGCCCAGUGGGCUGCACUGAGGUGGCAGAUCCUCCCCACACUCCUGGGUUAAUGGGGCACAAGAUCCAGGUACUGCCAAGCCUGGAGCCCUGCCUGGGGCCUUCCUUGCUCUGUCCAGGCAGAGCCACCAAAGCUGUAGGGGUUGGGGAGGGCCCUGCCCUGAGCGACCCAAGGCUAGGUCCCAUCCCACCCCCAUCUGGCCUGUGGGAUAAUGUGAAGCUCUUUUCCCUGCCUUUGUCUUUUCUCCUUUGCACACGAGGCAGAGGGGGCCACCCCACGGUGACUGCUCCUGGCCUCCAACCAACUGUGCCUUUAGCCUGAACGGCUGCUCCUCCAAGGGGGCUUGGGUGCAAAUGCUCCCAGUGUCAAAUGUCCAUGCCGCCCGGCUCAGGGGCCUCUGGCUAGCAGUGACUCAAGGCACUGACCCUGCCUCCCCUUUCCAGCUGUGAAGGAACUUGGGCUCCCCCGGGAACUACGGGCUUGGCUAGGGCCAGGAAUCCCAGGCCAGAGUCUGACACAGGCUGCCCUGCACCCUUGCAGCUAUCAGGGACAAAGCUGCAGAAGCUGCGACCAAAACGAGGGGCGGAGGGGACGUAUCCAGUGUGUGGAUCCAGGUCUCCCUCCCCCCUCCCCAUUUGUAUAUUCUUCUGAUUUGUACACGGGCGUUUUGUCCCAUCCUUUUCUAUACUCAAAACCAAAUGAGCAAUAAAGUGACAUUAAACCUGA